AUAGGCAAAUGUACAAUCACCUAAUAAUGAGUAAAAACCCUAAAAAAAUAAAUACUAAAAAACAAACAAAUGAAGCUUCAGAUUCACCUAAACAGAAAACUAAAGCCCAAUUAGAAAAUGAGCUGUUAGAGAAAGCUGAGGCUGAGCUUAAAGUCUUAGAGCUUAAUAAACAUCAAAAUAAAGAUUCUGGUUCAACUUCACUUGAACAAAAAUCUAUAACCGAACUGGAAUUUGAGACUGAACCUCAGAUUAAAAAACCUAACAAUGAAGAUUCUAAUUCAGCUCCAUCUGAACAGAAAACUGUAGCCCAACUGAAAAUUGAGUUAAAGAUAGCUGAAGCUAAGCUUAAAGACUUGGAGCUUAAAAAACAUAAAAAUGAAGAUUUUAGUUCAGCUUCACUUAUACAGGAAACUAUAGCCGAACUGAAAAAUGAGAUAGAGAUAGCUGAAGCUAAGAUUUCCUAA